AUGAAUCCACAUCAGAAGAACAAGAUUGAUGUCAGCAAAAUGUCUGCAGACGAGCAGCGUCUCUUUCGACUAUAUGGAAAGCUGCCCAACAAGAAAGAUCUAUUGCAGAACAAGCUGAAGGAGCGUAAAUACUUCGAUUCGGGCGAUUAUGCCCUUUCCAAAGCCGGCAAAGCCUCCGAUACAGGUGUCACUGCCAUCGGCACCGAACAUCCCAAGGCUGAAGAAAUCCCCCACAUGAGCCCUCUUAUGCACCAAAUCUCGCGAACCGAGUCGAACGUCGGUCUGCCUGGAUCCAAUCCUAGUCUUGGAACUUCCCCAGAGGCUCAGUCAACAGCGGGUCUCCAUCGUGGAAGCAUCAACGGCAUCCCAGGUGGUGGGUGGUCAGGAGCCACAAGCCGAAGCCCAAUCAAGGAAAGCAGCUUUCUAGCAAGAAGUGCAAGCAUGCAUGAACGAGAUGGCCACGGUGAAGUCUCCAAUGAUGGACAUGCUAGCCUGGAGGGAAGUGUCAGUCCACCAGCCACCCAAGCAGGAAUACCUAUUCGAAGAUGA